GGGCAGUUAGUUUAGAGUUAUGAAAUGAUCCAUUGAUCUUACUCUCUGCAUAAUAAUGGUAAUGGAAUGUAUUCAAUUCGAAUGUGACUUCAUCUUCUUCACUUAAAUUCUAUCAAAAACAGUAGAAAUCCCCCAAAAAAACCCUCGAAUUUCGAGAAUUUUCUCUCUCCUCACACCCAACAAUAUCUUUGCCGACACAUCAAACAAACAAACCCGCAUCUUUUAUGUUUGCGAAUCUUUUCUCUUUUUUACACAUUAAUUUACCUCCUUAAGUUUCCUUUUCUUCUCAAUUACUAUAAUUAUCACUUCUUCUUUAUAAUUUUUUUGUUCUCUCUCUUAAGAGCAAAACACUUGUUUCUUAUUCGAGUUUUUGUUUGGUUUUAAUGGCGAUUUCUGACCUCAAAGAAAGCGAGAAAAUGGAGAAGAAUAAAAAGCCAAAAGAAGUUAUUAAAUUGGAGCGUGAAUCUGUAAUUCCAGUUUUGAAGCCUAAGUUGAUUAUGACCUUGGCUAAUCUCAUUCAACACAGUUCAGAUAGAGCUGAGUUUAUGAAGUUCUGUAAGCGAGUUGAGUAUACCGUUCGGGCCUGGUACCUCUUACAGUUUGAGGAUUUGAUGCAAUUAUACUCCCUCUUUGACCCGGUCCAUGGAGCUCAAAAGCUGGAGCAACAGCAUUUAUCACCAGAAGAAACUGAUAUUCUUGAAGAGAAUUUUCUGAGUUACAUGCUUCAGGUGAUGGAAAAGAGUAAUUUCAAGAUUGUGAAUGAUGAAGAGAAUGAAAUUGCACACACUGGCCAGUACCUUUUGAACCUUCCUAUAUCUGUGGAUGAAGCGAAGCUCGACAAAAAGCUUUUGAAGAGGUACUUUUCAAAGCAUCCAACAGAAGAUCUUCCGGAGUUUUGUGAUAAGUAUAUUAUUUUCCGACGUGGCAUUGGUAUUGACCGCACUACUGAUUAUUUCUUCAUGGAAAAAGUGGAUAUGAUGAUUGGACGCUUAUGGGCAAAACUUUUGAGAGUGACUGGGAUACAACGACUUCGGUCCAUGUUUUCAAAGUCAGGGAAGCGAACUUUAAAAGAUAGAAAAAAGGACGACGAUCUUGGGUAUGAGGUUGAUCAAGAAGACCUCUAUGUUGAGCGGAUCAGAAUUCAGAAUAUGGAUAUCAGCUUUCGGAAUCUGUUGAGCAAGAUCACUAUUCAAGAACCUACUUUUGAUAGAAUGAUCGUUGUUUACAGGCGAGCAAGUCCUAAAGGAAAAUCAGACAGGGGAAUAUAUGUGAAACAUUUUAAAAAUAUUCCGAUGGCUGACAUGGAAAUAGUUCUGCCGGAAAAGAAGAAUCCAGGUCUUACGCCAAUGGACUGGGUCAAGUUUCUUGGAACUGCAAUUGUCGGGCUGGUUGCUGUUUUGAGUUCACUUGAGAUUAAGGCUGAUCCUUGGGUUGUCAUUGCUGUACUAUCUACAGUAGUUGGUUACUGUGCGAAGACAUAUUUUGCCUUUCAGCAAAACUUGGCUGUAUAUCAAAAUCUAGUUACCCAGUCUAUGUAUGACAAACAACUUGACAGUGGAAAGGGAACUCUUCUUCACUUAUGUGAUGAUGUGAUUCAGCAAGAAGUAAAGGAGGUGAUUUUGUCAUUUUUCAUACUGAUGGAACAGGGUAAAUGUACUAGAGAGGAUCUUGAUCUACACUGUGAGGAAUUAAUCAAGGAAGAGUUUGGUGAGAGAUGCGACUUUGAGGUGGAUGAUGCAGUUCAGAAAUUGGAGAAGUUGGGUGUUGUUUCUAGGGAUACCAUCGGCAGGUAUUUUUCUGUAAGCCUGAAGCGAGCUAAUGAGAUAAUUGGGACAACAACGGAGGAGCUUGUUAUGAAGGCAAGACAGGCCGCUGGCAACAACUCCUGAUGAUCUCUAUGCUGAGGGAAAGCACUUGUAAUCUGGCUUUCUCUAAUGGUUCCCUCUUGAUGUAAAUACUGCAGGGAUUAUUGUGUUGUCAGCCGUUUUUCCAAGCUCUCAGCAUUAAGGUUUUGUAACUAAGGCAGACAAAACUAGGCUGACAUUUAAAUUCUUUCAUUGAUAUGCCUAUAACUAUGCAAUGCUGAUAAACCUUUGCAGAGUUUGCUAAUUGUAGUUGCAGAGUGCUAGUGUGCUCUUGUUGCAUCUGUACAUUUUCCUCAAUAAAUGGAAGUUCAGGAUAUGAGCUUACACCA